GACGCCUCUCUAUAUACAGUCAUCUUUUUGUUUGCGUUUCGUCUUAACAGUUACAAGGGGCACGUUCAUUUGAAAAUUCAAUGUAAGAUAGUGAAAUGGCCGCUGGAAGAUUCUAAAAACGAUUCGUCCGGUGGCAACACUUGAAUUUCGUGUGCGGGUUUACGUUUUGACGCCGCGCGAUUCAGUUUGACUGAAAUUGCCGGCCGUGUCGACGAUUUGUCAACGUCGUCUAUGCCAUCGGUUUCUUGCCAGAUAUUCUUGCGGAACAUUAAAUCAUGGAGCAAGAUACAGAAUAUAUGAAAUUGCCUCUGGAGGAGCGCUGCGUUCAUAAGUCUUGGCGAGCACGUUUACAUGGCUAUGAGGAGUGUGUGAAGACAUUUCAAUGUAUUGAUGAUGAGAAGUCAUCAGAAUGGAACAAAUAUGUGGGAUUUAUCAAGAAGUUUGUAGUUGACAGCAAUGCGGCGGCGCAAGAAAAGGGUUUGGAAGCAACUUUGGCCUUUGUUGAGAAUGCAGCAGUGGCUGGUAAAAUUGUCGGCGAGGUAAUGAGUGGCAUUGUGUCGAAAUGCAUCGCCGCGCCCAAGACCAAAACAAAGGAGCUGGCUGUGCAGAUAACACUAAUGUUUAUUGAGAUUGAGAAAUAUGAUGCGGUGCAGGAUGAACUUUUGAAAGGCACAGAGGCGAAGAAUCCGAAGAUAGUUUCGGCAUGUAUAUCCACGCUAACGUUAGCACUGAAGGAAUUUGGUCCUAAGGUCAUCAACAUAAAGCCAUUGAUGAAAAAGAUUGCUAAUUUUCUGGAAGACAGGGACAAAACUGUACGAGAAGAGGGUAAGAUCAUGGUGGUGGAAAUGUAUCGCUGGAUAGGCGAUCGUUUGAAGCAACAGCUGAACACGCUGAAGCCGGUGCACAUCACGGAACUCGAAGCGGAAUUCAAUAAUCUCGGUGACGAGAAAGUUACACCCACGCGUUAUCUGCGUUCGCAAAAACCGAAGAACAUCGGCACGAGCGAAUCAGCGGCGGGAAGCGAAAACGGGGACGACAAUAACGAGGAUGGAGACGGUGGAUCAAUUCCUGAUAUAGAUCCUUACGAUUUGCUAGCGCCCGUAGACAUUCUGUCGAAACUACCGAAGGACUUUUACGAGAAAGUGGAAGCCAAGAAGUGGCAAGAGCGUAAAGAAGCGUUGGAAGUGCUUGAAACUCUUACGAAGAAUCAGAAACUGGAGAGCGGCGAUUACGGCGAAGUGGUAAAGGUCUUGAAGAAAAUCAUUUUGAAGGAUACUAACGUGUUAGUAGUCACACUUGCGGGAAAAUGUUUGGCCGGUCUAGCCGCUGGUCUGAAGAAGCGCUUUCAGCCGUACGCUGCCGCCUGUCUGCCUGCUAUUCUGGAAAAAUUCCGUGAAAAGAAGCAGACAGUUGUGCAAGCAUUGAGAGAAGCGGCCGAUGCUAUUUACGAGAGCGUUAACAUCGAACUCAUCCUCGAGGACGCUCUCGCUGCGUUGGAGAACAAAAAUCCUGCUGUCAAGGCCGAAACAGCCGCUUAUCUGGCUCGAUGUUUCACACGCACACCGCCUGCAAAUCUCAACAAGAAGCUACUUAAAUCGUAUACCAGCGGUUUGUUGAAGACGCUGAACGAACCGGAUCCGACGGUGCGCGACAACUCCGCGGAAGCGCUUGGCACGGCAAUGAAGCUGAUUGGCGAAAAAGCGAUGAUGCCAUUCCUCACGGAUAUCGACAAUUUGAAGAUGACAAAGAUCAAGGAGUGCGCCGACAAAGCGGUGAUAAUAGUCAAAGUUACUGGUGGUACAAAGAAGCAGGAACGACCCAACACUGCUCCGGCUAAGGUCGAACACACGAGCAAAGCGAGCAAAGAAAAUCCGAAGAGUAAGUCGAGCACUGCGAGAAGACCCAACACUGGCUUAGGUGCGAAAAAAACAGCAGCCAAAAAACCCGGUGGUUCGUCGUCACUUAUGAACUUAGCGCCGAAGAAACAGGAGAAGAAUUACAGUCCGGAGGAGAUCGACGAGAUGGCGACGCAACUUUUGCCGGCCGAGGUAAUUGCGGGUCUCGCAGAUAGCAAUUGGAAAACGCGUCUGGCUGCGGUCAUACAGCUGUCGGACGUGAUAAAAACGAUGGAUACGGCGGAAGUGUCGGUUCAAGUAAUCGUACGGAUUUUAGCGAAGAAACCCGGAUUUAAGGACACGAAUUUUCAAGUAUUGAAACUCCGAAUAGAAAUUGUAAAAUAUCUGGCGGAGAAUUAUCCAUUCACUUCUACUGUUGCCGAAUAUUGCCUCAUAGAUAUUGCGGAAAAACUGGCGGAUGCCAAGAACAGUUCGAUCGCCAUCGAGACCUUAUUGGCAAUCGCUGAGACCACGAGCUUCGAGUACGUGGCGGACGAGAUAGUGACGUUCGCGUUCAAUCAGAAGAAUCCGAAAGUGCAGCAGGAAGUACUGGUGUGGCUAUGCAGAGGGUUAACAGAAUUCGGUUGUGGUCUCAAUGUCAAGUCCAUCAUUGAAAACAUCAAGAAGGCAAUAGCAAUGACAAAUCCCAGUGUGCGCACCGCUGCCGUGAAACUGGUGAGCACCUUGUACUUGUACAUGGGCAAGACUUUGCUAACAUUUUUUGAUAACGAAAAGCCCGCAUUGCGUCAACAAAUUGAGCAAGAAUGCGAGAAACGCAACGGUGAAACGCCACCGGCGCCUAUUCGCGGCGCUAAAGCAAAAAAGAACGCCGUUAAUGCGGAAGAUGAAGACGAAGAUACGGAGGAGUUGUCGGAUAAGAAGCCAUGCGAAGGCGAAACGGAUCUAAACGACUUGGUUCCGCGCGCUGACAUCAGCGCUCAGAUCACAGAAGCGCUAUUAGGCGAAUUGGCCGAUAAGAAUUGGAAAGUGCGCAACGAGGCGCUGCAAAAAAUUAACACCAUUCUGAGCGAGACGAGAUUCAUCAAAUCGAACAUCGGUGAUUUGCCACAGAGUCUGGCUCUUCGUCUUGUGGACAGCAACAGCAAGAUCGCCCAAGCAGCUCUGGGUAUAUGCGAAACAUUGGCGACGGCUAUUGGACCACCGGUAAAGCAACAUAUUCGCGUUUUGUUUCCCGGUUUUCUACAGUGUUUAGGUGACAGCAAAAAUUGGAUCAGAACGGCAGCGAUCUCCUGCAUCAACACGUGGGGAGAUCAGUGCGGCUACAAAGAAUUUUUCGACGGCGAGAUGAUAGGAGACGGUUUGAAAACGGGAUCGCCGAUGCUGCGAACUGAACUUUGGAAUUGGUUGGCGCAGAAAUUACCGUCUAUUCCGGUAAAACAAAUCCCGAAGGAAGAAGUUCUUGUGUGCCUUCCGUGUCUGUACUCCAAUUUGGAAGAUCGCAAUUCCGAUGUGCGAAAAAACGCUCAGGAAGCCAUUUUGGGUUUCAUGAUUCAUCUCUCUUACGAAACAAUGAUGAGAAAUACCGAGAAAUUAAAGCCAGGAUCGAGGACGGUUGUACUCGCGGCGCUAGACAAAGCUCGUCCCGGUUUACCAAUAAAGCCUCUGCCGAAGAAAGAACCUUCAGACGAUAAUAUUCAAAAGAACGGUGCGAAAGGUGCAAAAGUGGCGAAAGUAGUUAAAUCGAAGGGCGCGACAUCAAAAGCGGCCGGUGCUCGUAAGAAGGACGAUGACGUAGACAACAGUCCUUUGUUGGUAAUCAACAACUUGAAGCAUCAACGUGUAAUCGACGAGCAGAAAUUAAAAGUGCUCAAGUGGAACUUCACCACGCCUAGAGAAGAAUUUGUGGAACUUCUAAAGGAUCUCAUGACCGCGGCGAAUGUCAACAAAACUUUGAGAGCAAACAUGUUCCAUUCCGAUUUCCGAUAUCAUUUAAAGGCUAUUGAAGCGCUUACCGAGGAUUUGCCUGGAAAUAGUAAGGCGUUGGUGUCCAAUCUUGAUCUCAUUCUCAAAUGGUUGACACUACGAUUUUUUGACACCAAUCCGUCAGUGCUUUUGAAAGGUUUAGAUUACUUACAGUUGGUCUUCAAUGUGUUAAUUGAGGACGAAUAUCACAUGCUGGAAAAUGAAGCGGCAUCGUUUAUUCCUUAUCUCAUUAUCAAAAUAGGAGAUCCAAAAGAUGCCGUGCGUAAUGGCGUGCGAGCUUUGUUCAAGCAAAUAGCUUUAGUGUAUCCAGUGAGUAAGUUAUUCUCAUACGUGAUGGAAGGUUUGAAGUCAAAGAACGCGCGACAAAGAACAGAAUGCUUGGAUCAAUUAGGAUCGUUAAUUGAGAAUUAUGGAGUUUCUGUAUGUCAGCCAACACCGUCUGCGGCAUUGAAGGAAAUCGCCAAGCAGAUUGCGGAUCGUGAUAACUCGGUUCGCAAUGCCGCGCUGAACUGCAUAGUUCAGGCCUAUUUCCUUCAAGGAGAACGUGUAUUCAAGCUCAUCGGUCAGAUAUCGGAGAAAGAUAAGUCUCUGUUAGAUGAGAGAAUCAAAAGAGCGGCGAAAAAUCGGCCGGCAAAGUCAGCAUCCGCUACCAGACUUUCCGGGCCUACAAUCGUAACUUCUAGUCCGCCAACAGACGACGUAGAGGUAGACUACGAAGAUGAACAGGAUGAGAUUCCCGAGCAAAUAGAAUCAGUACCCGAGUUGGCAAAUGCUAAGAACACUGACGCUAAUGAAGACAAUCAGGUGCCCGCUGUGGUUGUUCAGGAGAUAUCGUCAUCAAAACCGGACCAGACAUUUUCCAUCGAUAUUGAAAGUCGUGUUCCCGAUAAUAAUCAAGAAACGCAAAAUCAUCUUCCUGAUAAUAAUUCGAAAACAAAUUCUCCCACAUCGACUCAACCAAAAGCUCCUUCAGGUCCCUUCGGCUUGGACAUGGAAUUCUUGCAGAAGAUCGAACUGAACGCUCCGGUAAAAUAUCGUAAUCCAGUAUUGGUGGAACCCAGCUUGUCCGAUCUGAACGAGGCCCCAGUUAAUAUGUUGAAUCCACCCAAGACACAAAUGAUACCCAUUUCGCCCCCAAAAUUGUUGGUUUCAAAGUCAUCAGUGUCACCUUCUAUUGUCAAUAGUAAAGAUGAGGCAUUGGAACGUAACAUUUUGUCUAUGGCCAGUAUGGACUUACCCACUGCGAUACAGUCAAUGAACGCUAUAGAAAACUUAUUAAAAUCUCCUCAAGCAGCCAGUUUGCAGGCCAAGGAGGACAAAUUUAUCGGAUCGAUAAAUAUGCAACUGAAGCUAUUACAGACGUAUCCUUUACGUCAAGAAAAUGCAGAUGUAUCCAGGGGCUUCAGAAACACAUUCCUGCUUAUACUUACAUUUUAUGACACUGGAUUUCUUGGAAAGAACGUUCCUUUCAUGCAUCUGAAGGAAUUGGUGGAUCAAAUGAUAAGCCUGUUAGCCGAGAACAAGUUGGAACAUUUAAAUCAAGCCGGAGCAUAUUACAGAGUAAUAAAUAGCAUCAUGGUAAAAAUUAUCGACAAUUCAAAUCACACCACUAUUAUAUGCGUAUUGAUUAAAUUACUUCAUUCGUGCGCCGAGUCGAACGUUCCCUCGAAAUACGAGGAAUUGGUAAUGAAGUGUUUGUGGAAAAUAGUGAAAACAAUGUCCAAUUGGGCCGCUGACUUAGAUUAUGACACCAUACUUUUGGAAGUGCAUCGCUUCCUUAAGGAUUAUCCAACCACAUGGUGGAAAAAACGAAAGUCUCCAGACACCCCAUUACGAACAGUCAAGACAGUUCUUCAUAGUAUGACCAGAGUAAAAGGCAGUUCGAUACUUAAUCACUUGACGCUAAUAAAUAACACCAACGAGUCUGAGUUGCACGCUUAUUUAAUAAGAUUAAUCGCGAGUCUUAAACCAGAUGAGAUUAAUGCUACAGCUAAGGUGACGCCAAAAGCAAACAAUGUGAGCAGAACGCAAAAGCAUCUGUCCAAAUCCACUCGUCAACAAUUGGCAGAAAUAUUUAAGAAAAUCGGAUCAAAAGAACAUAUGCAAGAAGGCUUGGUACAAUUGUACGAUUUCAAACUUCAAUAUCCCGAGGCUGACGUAGAACCGUUCCUGGUUAAGUCUCAUCAGUUCUUCCAAGAUUUUAUAGAGCAAGGAUUACGAGAGAUCGAUCAAGCGCGAAAAAACCAAAAUAUCUUGUCACAACCCAAUAAUCAAUAUUCCAUCGAAACCGUUGAGUCUCCGACUGCAGUUUCCGACGAGAAAGACCUGAUGGACCCGAUGUAUAGACUUGAGAAACUCCGAGCUCUUGAAGCACAGUGUAGAACGACCUCGUCCCAGCCAAAUCCAUCAUGAAUGUGAUCGCGCAUAUAUAUAUAUAUAUAUAUACACAUAUAUAUAUAUGAAUAGGUAAGCAACAUGAUAUAUCUAUAAACAUAUAUGUGAGACGAGUAUACUUGUCCAUCUUCACAUUUGCGUCUCUCUCUUGAAAAUGUUUCAAUUCAGUGUUUUUCCACCGCCUAAAUGAAUCUCCGCGUUGUUUUUUUUUGUGAGAUAUAUAGUCUGAUUAUUUACUGAAUUAAUUUAUAAGCAGUAUACGCAUAAUUUGCCGUUAACAGAAGACUUGAGUGAGCGCGUAGAAAAUAAUAUAGCUGAGCUGUUAGAUAGGUAUAUAUUCAACUCCGUUUGAACACAAAUUGAACAAUUUGUAUAUUGCAACGAUUCUUGCGUUUGAAUUGUAAUUUAUAUAUGUUAUGUUCCCGCAAUGCAACGAUAUUGCAUAUCUUCGUGCUAGAUAAAGAUGAAAAAAAAGAAAGACGGUCGAUUCUUUUCUCAGCAAUUAUGCAUAGUCGAAUGAUAUUUUGAAUUUUAUGUAAGAUAAAUCUCUCACACACACACACACAUACCGGGUGCAUAAUGUAUAAGUAUACGAACAUUUUUUGUUUUUCACGAUCAAGGUGUCAUUUUAGUAGUCGCCUAGUGUUUUAUCUUACGUUAUAUAUUUAUAUACACUUAAUACUUUAUGAUAUUUUCUAAGUAAAUUUUGUUUUCAGCUUAAUUCGUAAAUUAAAUCUCAUCGCGAGUGUUACGUCGUUGUUACUUUUGCGGAAUCUUGUUGUUUUUGCAAAAAAAAAAAAAAAAGAUAGUUUGCUACAUACUAUGUGUUAUUGAAUGUUUUCCACUCUUUCUCAAAAAUUUUGAAACGAAACAGAGUGAAUGAGAAGUAAAUUUUAAAGAACAACGACAACUAUGAGGACUUCCGUUUCCGAUGUGUUGUUUGAAUACGGAAAGUGGUGAGCGGAAGAAAAGCGUGACAAAAGAGAAAGAAAGAAAAAAAUGAGAAGAGUGUGUGAGAGCGUAUAGCGGGGAGUGCGGAAAAGUGAAGGGAAACAAAUAGCAACAAGAUAAAAGAUUUAUGUGAUAUUUAGUAUUCAUUAAUCAUUAUCUGCGUGUUUAUUCUGUAAUUUUCAACGCGUUUACAUUGAAAGUUACGGAAUAAGCGGACCUGAUUCUAGUGAUCUCUCUCGGAGAUUUUAAAAUCUUAAAUAUUUCGUGUCUCUUUUAGAAUUUUCGUACGUAUGUAAUGAUAUAUGGACGAAAAAAAAAAAAAAAACAAAGCAAACCGAAGUUUCACAAAA